UCAUAUGCAAAAGCCAUAGCUGAGCUUCUUCUUUUCUUUUUUUUUCUCGGUAAUUUGUACAUGUAGCAUUCAAUUGUCAUUGCCAUGAAACAAAAGACAUCAUUCUUAUAUACCACAUUUAUCGCGUUAAAAGUUUGACAAGAAAAAGAUGGCUGUAUCGACAGACCAUUGGAAUAUAACUUUUUUUUCGUAUUGAAAUUUAUGCAAAAGUGAAACCCAUAGACGAAUCAAACCUGAAAACAUAUAAACCUCUCUCUCUCUCUCUCCUUAGUGAGUCUUCCUUUUAUUCAUUUCCUUAAAUAAAAGACUACAUUUAUCAUGUCUGUUCCAGCUCUUGCUUCCAAUAAUGUCAAGCCUCCCGGUACUCCUACUAAUCCCGAAGCAGCCAGACAUGUCAAGCUAUUCCAGCCUCUUUUACAAAAAUCUGUCACCUUCCAUAAUCAUAUGGGCGUGUCACCCAUGUGUAUGUACAGUGCCGUCGAUGGUCAUCUGAAUAAUUUCCAUGUGAGCCAUUAUGGUUCUUUCGCUUUGAAAGGUCCCGGUACUAUCAUAAUCGAAGCAACAGCUGUCGUUCCCGAAGGACGCAUUACACCUCAAUGUUCUGGCAUUUGGAGUGAUGCUCAUAUUCCUGAUAUUCAACGCGUGGUACAAGUGAUUAAAUCUCAAGGCUCCGUGCCAGGUAUUCAAAUUGCACAUGCGGGUCGUAAGGCAUCCAUGUCCCCACCCUAUAAAGGUGACUAUCUCGAGACAGAAGCAGAUGGAGGUUGGCCAAACAGAGUUGUCGGUGCCAGUGAAAUACCUUAUGCACCUCAUUAUGCCAAACCCCAUGCUUUAACCAAGGAAGGGAUCCGACAAAUUACCCAAGCGUUUGUAGAUGCUGCUAUUCGUGCUGAUAAAGCCGGCAUUGAACUCUUGGAAAUUCAUGCUGCUCACGGUUAUUUGCUUGGUAAUUUUCUUUCUGGACACUCCAAUAAUCGUACAGAUGAAUAUGGUGGAUCAUUUGAAAAUCGUGCGAGAUUCUGUCUUGAAGUAGUUCAAGCCGUACGUGCGGUAUGGCCUCAAAGCAAGCCAUUAUGGGUCCGUAUUUCCUGUACGGAUUAUGCUAAUCCUGAUCCCAUGGGUUCUGAUCCAGACGGUUGGUGUAUCUAUCAAUCCAUUAAAUUAGCUGCCGAGUUUAAACGUUUGGGCGUAGAUAUGGUGGAUAGUUCCAGCGGCGGUAAUCUUUCCGGUGUCAAGUAUCCUGCUAUGCCAAUGUAUCAAGUUCAAUUUGCGGAGGCUAUACGUCAUCAAGCCCAUAUUCCUACAGCCGCUGUGGGUUUAAUUGUGGAAGGACGUGAUGCUGAAAAAAUCUUGCAAGAAGGAAAAGCUGACUUUAUUUUAGCGGGACGAGAAUUCUUGCGUGAUAGUGCCUUUGUAUUGGCAUCUGCGCAGUCAUUGGAUGUAGAUAUUACUUGGCCCAACCAGUACUCCUGGGCCCAAUCCCAACAGCCCCAGCAACCACAACAACAACAACCAGCUGGCACCAUAUUUCAAAUAUUAAACAAGACAGAUGGUACGAGUCCCGCACCUAAAUUCGCACAAUUUAUUCAAUCUUCACCGGACUAUCAACCGAUUGUCGAUCUCUUGAACGACCCUACCAAUAACUUGACCAUGUUUGUUCCUUCGGAUGGACUCUUUUAUAAUAUUACGGGGCAACAACCUCCCAUUAUUAAACAAGUGACUACAACGGUGCAGACCACAGUUAAAGUACCUGCCUCUACGGUGCGUGUACCCGCUUCCACAGUGGUGUCUAGUGCUACGGUCACAGCGAGUUUGAAUUUUACGAACGUGAGCACCUCUCCCUUUGUAAACGAAUUCAGUGUAUUGGAUUUACUCUAUUAUCAUGUGUCCAAUGGAUCUGUCAAGCUGCAGCAAAAUGAAACGAUGGUGUUGAAUACGAUAUUGAGAAAUGAGACAGUAGAUCGGUUAGGAUUUGGAUCUCCAUUGGUUGUGCAACCUGUGAAUAGUACGGGAAAUUUGACAGUGGGCGAUGGGCUUGGACAUGAUGCUUUCAUUAAUCAAACUUAUAAUGCGUCCAAUGGUGCACUCUAUAUCAUUGAUAAAGUGUUGGUUCCUCCUACUAAUAUUUCAAAUACGAUGAAUGCGCUUACGGAUACUUCCUUCUUUGAGCAACUGCUGGAAAGAUCGAGUAGUACAUGGGACUCUUUGAAUAAUUAUAAUAAUUUCACGGUGUUUGUUCCUAAUAACAAUGCACUUCAAAAUGUGGACCUGUCCAACUUUGAGGAAGAUGCGAUUAAUAAUUUGAUUUCAGCGCAUAUCUUCCAAGGCGUAAUUUACAGUUCAAACAUCACCAAUACAACGGAUGUGAGCGCACAGUCUUUAGCCGGCACGGAUGUUGUUUUACAACGAAGUGGAAAUAGUCCCAACUUUACAGUGAGUGGUACAAAUGUAGUGCAGCCCAAUAUCCUCUUGAACAAUGGUGUGAUGCACUUGAUUGAUGGAGGUAAGUUAUUUUUUUUUUAUGUAUAUGAAACGAAAGUGAUAUUCACAAGUUGA